AUGAGUGAGGUCUGUGAUAAUCAAAAUGGAAGUAACCAAAGGCUCACAUCAACAAGAGUAAUUCGUCGAAGUUCUCCAUUUUUAAGAGCCCCUAGGAUGUAUUCAAUAUCUGACUUGGCAUUAGCAUGUCCAUUACAUUGUCCAGAAUUAAGUUUAUCUGAUUUUGAUAUUGGUAGAAGACUAGGUAGUGGUCAAUUUGGAUCUGUUUAUUUAGCUCGUGAACGCCGUACUAAAUAUAUUGUUGCACUUAAAGCCUUAAGAAAAAAGAAUUUAGUAAGAAGUGGGAUGGAAGCACAGGUACGUAGAGAAAUAGAGAUACAAGCUCACCUAAAACAUCCAAAUAUUCUACAAUUAUAUGCAUGGUUUGAAGAGAAUAGUCGGAUUUGGUUAGUUAUAGAAAUUGCACCAGGAGGUGAAUUAUAUGAAAAAUUAUGUACAGAAGGGCCUUUAAGAGAGUUACAAGCAGCUUGCUAUAUGAAAAUGAUGAUAGAAGCUAUACAAUGUUGUCAUAAGAAACAUGUAAUUCAUCGUGAUAUAAAACCAGAAAAUAUCUUGAUAGGAGUAGAUGGCCAAUUAAAAUUAGCUGACUUUGGAUGGUCAUCUCACAUUAAUAAUAAUCGAAGUAGAAGACGGACAUUUUGUGGUACAUAUGAUUAUUUACCACCUGAAAUAACUCGUAAACAGGAAUAUGGUCCAGAAGUUGAUAUUUGGUCACUUGGUGUUUUAUGUUAUGAAUUAGUUAAAGGAGAACCACCAUUCCCUUCUAAUCAAGGGCAUAAUGUUCAAUAUUAUUUGAUACAAAAUAAGCAACCAGAGUAUUCAUCUCAUUGGUCACCUGUCCUUAUAAGUUUUAUUCAUGCAGCCCUACAGAAAUUACCUCAAAAUAGGAUUUCUAUUGAUGACAUGCUUAAACAUCCAUUUAUUACAAAAUAUACAACGACAUCUAUACCUAUGCAACCUAAGGAUUCUUUAUCAAACAACAUCAAUAUGUCGAAUAAUGAUGAGAACCUUGCUAUUAGUCAUAAUCAAGCUUGA